AACGAUCAUUCCAGAAGAAAAAUCAGGGAGUAGAGAAGGGACGCACAUUUCCCCAUCUAUCGAAGAGAGCGAGAGUGAACGAGAGGAAGCCAAAAUGGCGUCGUUCCUGCAGACGUUUCUGGACCCGAAGAAGAACUGGUUCGCAGCUCAGCACAUGAAAUCCAUGACCAGACGCCUCCGUAGAUACGGGCUUCGAUACGACGAUCUGUACGACCCCUACGAAGAUCUGGAUAUCAAGGAGGCCCUGAAUCGGCUGCCCAGGGAGAUUGUGGACGCGCGUAACCAGCGUCUCAAGCGCGCCAUGGACCUCUCCAUGAAGCACGACUACCUCCCCGAAAACCUUCAGGAAAUGCAAACACCCUUCAGGAGCUACCUUCAAGAAAUGCUGGCCCUUGUGAAAAGGGAGAGGGCAGAACGUGAGGCUUUGGGAGCUUUGCCUCUCUAUCAGCGUACAAUUCCCUAAACAACUUCGCCUCUCAUUCCAUCGAAACUCGAGGGUGGCUGUGCUCGCCCCCGGGUACAACCCAUAAAUCUUUGUGAAAUGGUGAAACUUUUACUUUUCAAAAAAAAAAACUUAAGUCUUAAACAUCACUAUGUAGGAAUGGAGAUAUAGCCUGAAUGAGAUUAUGUUGGUAGAUGUGGAAAAUUGUUUUCAUAUUAGAAGUGGAGAUGGAUUGUGUCUCCGUUUCAAAGUUUGAUUUUCUAAUUUUUGGUGUUUGAAUGGUAUCACUUAUUGGUUCUCCUGCACAGGCAGACCCUUUUAUUUCUAAUAAUAAAGUGCUACUUUGGACUUA